AUGGGCAAAUUUGCCGAUGACGAAGAGAUAACCGUGAGGUCAGGAUGUUUACGCCGACUGUACACAGUCUAUCAGAUGGUGGAGCUUCCAGAAACUCAUAAGUUGUUGCGGGAUACCUGCAGAGGUUUUGCGGAAAAGGAACUCACUCCAGUUGCUGCGCAGCUGGACAGAGAGCACAAAUUUCCUGCUGAGCAGAUAAAGAAAAUGGGAGAACUGGGACUCAUGGCAAUGGAUGUGCCUGAGAAGUAUGGUGGAGCAGGAUUGGAUUAUCUGGCAUAUGCCAUUGCUAUGGAGGAAAUAAGCCGAGGCUGUGCUUCUACUGGCGUAAUCAUGAGUGUAAAUAAUUCGUUAUAUCUGGGUCCAAUUUUGAAAUUUGGUUCAGAAGAACAAAAGAACAACUGGAUAACUCCAUUUACAGAUGGAAAUAAAAUUGGCUGUUUUGGUCUGAGUGAACCAGGAAAUGGAAGUGAUGCUGGUGCAGCCUCUACCACUGCCAAAUUAGACGGUGAUCACUGGAUUUUAAAUGGCACAAAAGCUUGGAUCACAAAUGGCUGGGAUGCUUCUGCUGCAAUUGUCUUUGCCACCACAGACAAAUCACUCAAGCACAAGGGAAUAAGUGCAUUCUUGGUUCCAAUGCCUACACCAGGGCUAUCCUUGGGAAAGAAAGAAGAUAAAUUGGGAAUUAGAGCAUCAUCCACCACAAAUCUCAUUUUUGAAGACUGCAAAAUUCCAAAGGAGAAUGUCUUGGGAGAACCAGGCUUUGGCUUCAAAAUAGCCAUGCAAACACUGGAUUCAGGUCGGAUUGGUAUUGCCUCGCAGGCCCUCGGAAUUGCUCAGGCAGCCCUGGACUGUGCUGUGGACUAUGCUGAGAAAAGGAUGGCCUUUGGCUCACCAAUCUCCAAACUUCAGGCUAUUCAGCUCAAACUGGCUGAUAUGGGCCUGGCACUCGAGAGUGCUCGCUUGUUAACCUGGAGAGCAGCCAUGCUGAAGGAUAAUGGAAAACCAUUCAUAAAGGAAGCUGCAAUGGCCAAAUUGGCUGCAUCUGAGGCAGCAACAAGUAUUGCUCACAAAAAACCAGAAUAA